AUGUUCGCGAGCAGAGCUCUCACCACCGCUCUCCGAGCUGGUGCCCCCCGCGCACCCAUUGUUGCCCGCGUCGCCGCCGUCCGAAGCUACGCAGCUGCUGCCCCAGCGGCGCCCGCCAGCACCAACACAUCGACGAGACCUCCCGUUGCCCUCUUUGGCAUUGAUGGAACCUAUGCUAGCGCUCUGUUCACUGCCGCCGCAAAGACCAGCACGCUCGAACCCACCGCCAAGUCUCUCGAGGCCCUCUCCAGCGUCUUCAAGAAGGAUGCUAAGCUCGCCGAGGUCCUCUCCGCUCCCACUCUCAGCGCCGCGGACAAGGACCAGAUCAUUGCGGAAUUGACCAAGCACAUCGGUACCCAGGACAAGGAGGGUGUUGUCAAGAACUUCCUCUCCACGUUGGCUGAGAACAACCGAUUGGGUGCCUUGGAGGGUGUCGUGGAGAAGUUCAGCAUCUUGAUGGGAGCACACAGGGGCGAGAUCGAAUUGACCGUCACAAGCGCUGCGCCGCUCGACAACAAGACCCUCUCCCGCCUCGAGGCUGCCGUCCACAAGUCCGACUACGUUGCCAACGGCCAGAGACUCAAGGUCGUCUCCAAGGUCAACCCUGAGAUCAAGGGUGGACUCGUCGUUGAGAUUGGCGACCGUACCAUUGAUCUUUCCGUCUCCUCCAAGAUGGCCAAGAUGAACAAGCUCCUCAAGGACACUUUGUAAAUAUAUACCACUCCUAUAUCUGGCGCGGUAGAGAUGAAUGUGACGGGUACUUGGGCUUGUGUACUUUAGAAGAUUCGUGAAAAAGACAAUCUGCAAAUGUUCCACCACCCUU